AUGUCUACUGAUAACGCCUCGGCUGAUGCUGAGCGAAAUCGCAUGCUGCAAGCUAUCAUGCUAGCUGACCUGGGAUCAGAGCGUCGGGACAAGUGCACGACUUCCGAUGCUACGCGGGCUCGCGCUGAUGCAGAAGCACUGAACUCUCAGAGACGAAGUCAUGUUGAAGGAAGUGCAGCACAGUGCCAGUCUGAGAUUGACAGAGAACAGCUGAAUAAAUGGAACACUUUCUACCAAACUGUGGAUGAUACAGGCCACAUGGAAAACCUUCCUGAUAUCGCUGCUGGUCAGACUCACCGUGCGGCUUUGCAAGCUUCGAUGCGGGCACUGGAAACCCAGCACGCACAGCGUGGAGCUCACGGGUUUGGUGGGCGCGGUGGUGGAAUCUCCGGUUCGCGGGGACGUGGCGGCUUCAGUCCUCGUCAAAGAACUACAAGCGUGGGAGCAAUUGCGAAGCCUGGCCGACCUGGACCUGCCAAUCGAUCAGCCACCAUGUCUUUUGGCUUGGAUCCUGCGUUGAACAGCAACAAUGAUCCCAAUGAAAGCGAUUCUCGCAACCGGGGCAGAGGAACUCCCAGAGGGCCCCGUGGAUCAGGGCGAGUAAGAGGAAAGCAGCAAAGUCCCACACUGUCUACACGUCCCGUCCCAUCUAAGAGACCACAGCGACCCGAGGUCAACUUCUCCAGCAACCUUGUUGACCCGGUGAACUUCAUGACCUCUUAUCGACGGGCUACUGGAGCUGCAUCGACUGCUGGCCCAGAGAACGUGUCAGCUCCACUUCCAAUUCCUCCAGUCUCGACAUCUCUUCCCCUUGGUCAACCCGAAAAGAUCAAAACAGCAUCAGCGCAUUCAGUGGCUCGACCUGAGACACCAAAGCCUGCUGUCAGUGUUGCCCCUGUUGACAAGUCUUUGCAAUUUGGUCAGCCGAAGACCCCUACGGCUACUCCUAAGCCUGUUGCGGUGGUAAAUCUCGGGAGUCAUCAAAUUAAAGCUCCCACUUCGCCGUCCAAGCCAGCUGCCGCCAGGAAGAUUCUUCCGCUCAAGAAAUCUCGCUCGGGACACUCAGCUGCACACAGCGUAACUGUACAGCCCCCGGACAUCGGACCUCUCCACAAAGAGAUUAAGUGGAACAUCUCUCCUGGUGAGUUCCCACGAAAGAAAGAGCCUGCUGGAUCUGUGGGCUCUGCAACAAAAUCCAAGGUUGUCGGCGAUGGCAAGGUUUCGUUUGCACACCCAACGAAACCGAAAAAUCCUCCGGAUAAGUCGCACAUUGGUCCCAAGUCAACUAUUUCUGCGCAUGCACCUCAAAUUACACCCACUAGGGAUGCUUCUAAGGCGAAGAAAGCUCAGACUACUGGAGGUGGCAAUUUGAACGUCUCUCGCACACCCAAGUCACAGAAUCCCCAGGGCGCUUCACUACUAGAUAGCGCGAACUCUCCUCUCCCCGUCGAAUCGCUCCAAAUCCAACCUAUCAAGACUGAGGUCCAAGCCCAAAAGGCUGAAACUGCUCGCACCCCCAAGCCCAAACAGGUCGUAAGUGGCUCACUUCUGGAUACUGCCAACUCCCCUCUCUCUACUCAGCCACUAAAGAACGUGCCUACCAAGCCGAAGAUCAAAAUUGAAAAUGCCAAAGCUGAACAUGGGCAGAACGAUCCCAAGCCGCUGGCUUCUGAUGAUUUGAACUCACAGGUCGAAGGCUCCAAGGUCACGGGAGACACGUCGAGCGGCUCUAUUCUUGAUAUGGCCAAUCAACCCCUCAAUGAAGAAGCACUUCAGAUUCCUCUUAGCGCUAUGACUCCUGCUUCUAAAGCAUAUGUCGCGAAAAGCCCAGGAACCACUGAGUUGCUAGGCCUCGAGUUUGCCGCCGACGAGUCCCCAAAAUCGAUCGAUGCGGUUCUUUCCCGGGCAGAGAAGAUCUUGCCAACUUCCAAUGAAGCUGAGUUCGAGCGACUUCUCGCUCAGCGUGUGGAAGAGGAGGUCGCCAUCCGUCUGAAGCACGCUCGUGAGAUUUUGAAGCGACCUGGUGAGCACGCGCGGUUCGAGGACUGGUUGAACCAAGCUGACAAGAAUGAAGCCGCUGUCAUACAGGAUGCACUGCGCAAGGCUAGUUUUACUCGCUAUCGUUCGCCGGAACGGGUCGAGACUGAGACUGACUCCUCUAAUGAGCCAACUCCAGAGGGGAAGCUGAAGAGCUUGCUCUCAACCCCUGUCAAAGACGAGUUCAUGAACCGGUUCCCCGUCCCCGGUAUCCCCGCUAGUGGCCCACGUGCCACUGAUGUUACAAGCAAGGCGGUUUCUGUCCCUGUUCAGGUCGUCUCGGCAUCUACCCAGGCCGCCACAGCUUCUAGCCAGGCCAUCCCAGCUCCUAUUCGGAUUACCCCAGUUCCUACCAGCAUGGUUCAAGCUAAAGCAGCUUCCAAGACGCGCUCUGCCCCAAAGCAAAGCCUCCUCGACUCCAUUUAUGCGUUUCAGCCCGAGGAGCCAGCUCCAGCUCCAGCUCCUCGAGUAUUCAGUGGGAACAUCCCCAAGCCCCGGGAUCCAAAGGCGGCUGGAGUUCAACUUAUUGGACCGGCACCCUACGACAAGAACAAGAAGCCUGGACAUUCCCGUGCAUCGAGUGUCCACACGCAGGCAGAGAACGUUCCAGUAGCCGCUUCAGUUGAGUCUGAGUCCGGUCCCCGUGUGAAGGUGAUUGGUGUUCAGCCUUACAUCGCCGGCAGCCGUCGAAAGUGA